AUGUCUGGCCGCUCAUUGAUCGGGCAGCUCGUGCCCCUGGUUGUCCUCUUCAUGGUUAUCGGCGGCCUCGCCUUUGUCGGCUACCAGAUCUACCUAAGCGUGAACAAGAUCCAGGCGCAAGCGACCAAGAACAUUGGCAACAAGAACAUCACCUUCACCAAGGAUGGCAUGCGCGUUAACGUCAAGGAGGUGAAGAACGAGAAGUAUGUAGAUGCGACUCAGAAGGUCUUUGUGGACGUGUGGAACCAACACGCAAACAACAUCGGCUUGGACGAGCAGCGCAAGAGGCACAACUCAAAAUCAAAAUAG